AAAACAUUUAGCCGAGAGAGGAGGGGAGGGGGAGACACGCUGGAGAGCGCUCACAAUGAAGACCUGAAUUGUCUUUAAUGUUUUAUUUUGUUUUUUUUUUUUUGUUUGUUUGUUUGUUUGUUUGUUUUUUCCUUAAAGCCAAUAUCUUGUUUAUUACAGAACGGCACAAAACUAUUAGGACGCAGUGAGGAUUCGACACCUUUUCUUUAAAGUUCGGUCCGGCGUCGCGCUUCUGAGUCAAAUCCUGGAUAAGCGCGGCGGGAGGAAAAGUGUCAGUUUCAGCACCUGAGAGGAGGAAAGCUCCACUCUGUCUGCUCCUUCUGGGAAACCCUGCCCCAAAAACUAUUCUGCCGCUUCUGAUGUGAACUGCCCCGGUCCGACAAGCUGCUCCCCCCUGCCCGCUGCAAGAGAGGAAGAAGCGCACAGAUCCGCUAAGGGAAGGAUCGGCGACCGACUGUGUGCUCAAUAUGUACCAGGGGCAUUUACAGGGGAAAGACUCUAGGGCUGCAGAUAAGACUGUUGCCAUGGUCCUGAAGGAGAUACCAAGUAAGGCGUCAUCAGAAGGGAAGCCCCUCCUCACAGUGACUACCAAGCUGGUGAGCGAGCAACAAGAGAGUCGGCCGCUAUUAAGCCCUUCCAUUGACGAUUUCCUCUGCGAGACCAAAUGUGAUGGGAUUUCCCGCCCAGUGACUUCCAACACAGCCGUUCUUUCUUCGACACUGGACCUUUUAGAUCUCAGUGAACCGGGAGAAAGGAGGAAUAGCAAGGACAAGAAAAGUGCUCUGGUGUCCCGGGGUGACAGUCAAAAGAACAGCUCACACAAGAAAAAGACAGAUGAGACAGAGCUGAUCCAGGUGGAAGUUGAACAGACAGGACCAGGCAUGCGAAACCCUGAGAGGGCAUCGCUUGAGUCAGUUACCAUUGGAUCGUUGGAUAAAUGGGAAGAACUUAAUCCCAAAGCUGAGAAGAAUGGCAACAGAAAAUGGAAGCUGGAGAGACGGCGCUCUUCAAAAAACUCAUCCAAUGAGUUCUUGUGGUCUAUAGACUGCAAAAUCCAAUCUGACUCAUCAAAUAAGAACUUGUUGGAAGCAAACACCAAAGCAGAGCCAGAAUCAGCCUUGGCAUCACAACUCAACAGGCAGUAUAUUAGUGGAAGACAUGCUCGUCUAACGAAGGAGCAGCGCUGGGGGAGUGCCCUCCUGUCAAGACAUCAGUCCCUGGAGGAGGAGUUUGAGCGAGCCAAGGCUGCUGUUGAGUCGGACACAGAGUUCUGGGACAAAAUGCAGGCAGAGUGGGAAGAACUGGCCCGACGAAACUGGCUGACAGAAAACGAGCAGGCACAAAUACCCUCAUCUGUAUCUCCACAUGAAAAGGGUUACUACUUCCACACAGAUAAUCCUUAUAAGGACUUGCCUAAUGCAUUUGAGGAGGGACUGAAGAAAUCUCGAGAGGGAGACUUGCCAAACGCUGUGCUUUUGCUCGAAGCAGCUGUCUUGCAAGACCCUCAUGAUUCAGAGGCCUGGCAAGUCUUAGGGACAACACAGGCAGAAAAUGAAAAUGAGCAGGCGGCAAUUGUCUCCCUCCAAAGGUGUCUGGAGCUCCACCCUAACAACCUACCGGCCCUCAUGGCUCUGGCCGUGAGCCUGACCAACACCGGCAUGCGUCAUGACGCCUGUGAAGCCCUGCUCCGCUGGUUGAAACACAAUCCCAAGUACAAGAACCUGCUGAAGGCCAAGAUCCAUCUGAUAGGCUCCCCCAACUCUCAGCGCAGACUGUCUUACGCUCUCAACGCGGGCCGACAUGAAAGCUCACUGCUGCCAGAGGUCAAGGAGCUCUUCCUGGAAGCAGUUCAGAACAACUCAGACAGCGUUGACCCGGAUUUACAGACGGGCCUUGGGGUCCUCUACAACCUCAGCGGAGAGUUCAACAAAGCUGUAGAGGCUUUCAAUACGGCCCUGUCAGUCCGGCCUGAGGACUAUUUGCUGUGGAAUCGCCUUGGAGCCACAUUAGCGAACGGCGACCGCAGUGAAGAGGCAGUGGAGGCUUACACGCGAGCCCUUGAGCUGCAUCCAGGGUUCAUCAGGUCCCGCUACAACCUGGGCAUCAGCUGCAUCAACCUGGGGGCCCACAGAGAGGCAGCCAGUAACUUCCUGACGGCUUUAAGUCUCCAGAGGAAAAGCCAGAGCGGUCAGCAGUCCCAUCAGGUGAUGUCUGGCAACAUCUGGGCAGCUCUGAGGAUAGCUUUAUCUAUGAUGGACCAACCCGAACUCUUCCAGGCCGCAAACAUUGGCGAUCUGGAUCUCCUGAUGAGGGCCUUUAACUUGGACUUUUGAGUAAUGGAUGGAAUGAGCUCUGUCAAUUGUUCUCUGAUCACUAGCCAGAAGCCAAAAGCCCAAAGUGCACAUGGUUUGAGUUAACACACCAGUGUGUGUGUUUAGUUUCUGCAUAUCAAAAUGAACUAAAAAGGUCAAACCCUGUCAUGUCUUCUCGCCCUAAAUUUCUUGAGAGCAGUUCGGAGGGCCGCUUCUUCCAGGGGUUCAGGUGGACUGCUUAGCGAUGGAAUUUGCACAGCAAUUUGUGAUUUCCCUAAAGAGCACAAGGACGGGCGAAGAUUGUAAGAGCAAUGCCUUAGAGGACACAUCAAUUAAAAACUGACUCAUGCAGUGGAACAGAGGUGAGCCAGGAGUGACAGCCAGAUUUAAGACUCCCACAGAGGAACCCUCACAAGCCAUUUGCAGCAGAAAAGAUGAGGUUUUGAGAGGAAGAUCUGUUGACUCAGGACUGUCUCUCCCCCUCUCUGACGGAUGGAUACUGUGAGCCGAACAAUAAAGGCUGCACCUUAUAACCCCGGAGCUCUAUAUUGUCUUCCUGGCUUCAUCUCCCCCUCUGUCAAUGGAGACUUAUUACUCUGCAUCAAAAAAACCUCGACAAACAUUUUCAGAAAUGGAGAGAUUAGAAUAGUUAUAGAAGUUUUCCCUUUGCACUUUUAGAUGACUUCCUCUAUCCAUGUGGAAUGCGCAACCCAGGUUGUAAAGCCUUAAUGAGAUGCAUGCGUCCAACAUUAUUUAUUUACACUAUUUUUAUGGCAACAAGGAACAAAAUAUAUCAAAGCCAUUUUCAGACCGGUUUAAAUUUCUUAACAUAAGUGCUGUUCUUAGAACCUGUACAUUUUCUGAUCCGCUAAUCUCAGUUCAGUUGUUUAUAUAUUUAUGCAGCUUGUAUGUAAUAUUUGUUGCUUUAAUGCUGACUGGCUGGAGGAAUGCACACAGUGAGCAGGUAAUAUUGAUUUGAAUCGUGUUUUGUUUUUUUUACCUUUCUCAGAGGGAAAAGUGCUUAUAUUUCUAAAAAUGUCUCGUCUCAGAGGCCCCUACAAAGAAACGCCUAAUUUUUAUUUAUGCUGACUGUAUUCAUUUCAAUACAGCAUAUUAACAUUAGAUUAAAAGAUGUGUAUUUGCAAGCCAGGACCCAAGACAGCAGCUUGAUGAAUUUCCUUAAUGUAAUCAUUCGUAUCUUUGCUGCUCCUUUUCCGGCAGCGAAGCUCAUUCAUUUAAUUAAAUCAGUUACCCUCAGCCAUCAUGCAUGAUUUCAAUAUUUAUAGAGGCUUGCGUAGAGUUGCACACAUUUGUUAGUUUGCUUUUACCAGAUUAAUAUGCAUCCAUACAAGGAAAAACUGAUUUUAUAAAUAAAUAAAUGCUGUUCAGAAGAUCAUUAUACAUUAUAAAAUACACUGAUGCUCCUGCUUAAGAUAAACCCUUUGCAGCACCUCUAAAUAUUUCUUAUGAUUUUCAGUUGUCAGCUUCCUUUUAGUCACAGUUUGAAAGUCACUGUGAGUUUAACGCCGUGCAGCUUGCCGUGCGGCGGCGGAGUGAAUGAUAGAUUAUCUGCUGUGCAGUACAGCUCACUUUGGUGUUUAUCGGUCGUGUCCGCAGUCCGGGUGCGCUGCAGAAAGCUUUUUUUUUUUCCUUCUUCUUAUUAUUGUCGGCUCCUAUGCAAAAGGUCACGUUUCAUGUUUGUCCCCCAUCUGCCUCAGUGGACCAAAGGGAAGUGUUGAUUCUGUGUUUUGAAUGAAUGCUAUCAGCGGGAAGCAGAGACCAGAACCAGAACCAUUCAUCUUCCUAACAGUGCAGCUGGGAUGACACACUCUGUGUUAGAAGGAGUGUUUUAUCAGGCGGCUGGGGGAGAACAAACACAAACCAGCUGAAGUGCAGCAUUGACACUGUAUGAAUCUGCGACAUAAUAAUGCAUCUGCGGCUGCAGCUGCACACACCAAAUUCACAGCUGUAGACAUUUUUUUCUUCUGUCAGCUCACUUUUCUCUUUGUUUGCAUAAGUAUUCAUACUUGUCACAUUACAGCCACAAACAUUUGCUUAUAUACAAACAAAAUUGUGUAUCAUUUUGAAGAGAAAGAAAACUGAUAGAUAGUUUUUGGUUAUUUUUUUACAAAUUCAAAUUAAAAAGUGCAACAUGCAUUUGUCCUCAGGCCCCAUAAAAAAUAUCAGUGUAAAAUCCAUUUUUACAAAGAUUGCAGCUGCAAAUCUUUAAGGCUUUCCUUUACCAGCUUUGAAAAGUUGCUAAUUAGUUGGGUUGGAUGGGAAACAUGCGCCAGCAACAAUUUUUAAGUCAUGCCUCAGUUGAUGCAGGAAUAGACUUUGACAGGGCCAUUCCAAUACAAAAAUGCUUUUAGCAAAUCAUUCCAUGGUAUCUUUGGUUGUAGGCUUUGCAGUUUUGUUAUUUUUUAUGAUUGUCUUGUAUUUAGGCUCUGUUCACUCUGAAGUAGCAUCAACAUACCCUGAUCUUACGUCUUUCUUUCAAGGUGACUAGCUUGUUGCCACUUGUUUGCAAAGACCAGUGCGACAUAUAAACAUAGUCUCCAAUCUGAGCUGUGAAUCUCCUCUGAAGUCACGUUGGUCACCAUGGCUGCUUUUCUGAUCAAUGCGCUCCCUCUCUGGCCAAUUUACGGAGGUCUGAAUUGUUUUGCAGCUGGGUCAAAUAAUUCCCCAUGAGAUGUUCAAAUUGUGGGACGUUGCUUAAAAACCUCACCCUACUUUUAACUUAUUUGAUGCGUUGCUUCAUUUCUAGGAUUUUGUUUGUUCACUAAUGUUCUCUAACAAACCUCGAGGCCUUCACAGAACAUAUGGAUUUAUAUAGAGAAGUUACACACAAGUGAUCUAUAAUAAGUAAAUUUGUAGCAUAGGGUAGUAGCAUAAAUGGGCUUAUGCUGUGUUAUUUUAUUUGUGAAAAUAACACAAACAUUUAUUAUUUCCAUUUGACUUCACCGUCAUGCAGAACAUUGUGUUUGUUGUCUGUCUUAUAUAAUCUGCGUACAAUUCGAUGAAGUUUGUGGCUGUACUGCAACAAUUCUCAAAGAUAUUUAUUUUACUUUAGGAUGCUAAAUAAAGUGAGUAUCACUUAAAAAGCAGCCACCUUCAAUAAGAUGUUCAGUGCCCAAAAAAACUUUUAAGAGGAAAUCACUUUAGUUGGAUAUCAUUUGCUCACAGUGACAUUUGCAUUACAAUUGAAAAUGAAACAAAAUUGUUUCAUUUCAAAGAGGCAUAUGAAAUGCAGGUUGAAUGUUUUAUACUUUGCAAAAGUAGCUUCUGGAAAGGCCUUGCAGAAAAUUAGGGGGCAAAUGUAUUUCUAACUUUAUGUUCAGAGAGGUUGGUACUCUUUUGGCAAGUUUAGUUUAGUUAUACUUAGAAACUUGUUGAGUUUUUAUAUAUAUUUGAAAUACUUACUAAUUUAGGAGUAAAGAGGGAGUUUUUCAACAGUUUCUGAUGCACCAACUAUUACUCAUGUUGUUUUCACUUAAUUAAUGUGUAAUCUCUUGUUUUGUGUAAAAUCAUCCCAAAUCCAAAUUAUUCUCAACAACUAAACUCCCCUUCCACAAGCUGAAAUGUUAACAUUUUUGCUUUAAUUAUAGCCUUUCCUCAUCAACUCAGUGAAAUCAACAUGACAUACAUUUUUCCCAGCACUUUGUUGCCCCAGUUUGGUUCAGCUUAGCUAUAAAACCAAGACAACAUUCGGGCAUUUUGACAGUUUUUUCCAGUUUAGAGCUAAUUGGAUUCUUAAUGAUACAAGCAUGGGAUUACAAGCAAAUGCAUUGUGCAAAUUGAAACAUGCAGUAAAAUUAAUUCAAUUUACUUUUUUUUUUUUAGCUCAGUCAAUUAAUAUAUUGACUUGUAAGUUACUUUGUUAUAAGAUUAAGUUAAAUACUAGUGAUGGUCAACGGAUGCUGCUUCCAGAAAUGUUUCCACUCAAAUCCAAAAUAUAUAUUUACAGAUGCCAUUUGUUAUCUUCAGUUGCAUCUUCUGGAAAUAAUUAUAAUAGUCAAGCAGUAAUGUCCCAAGAACACAACUACAAUAGUCAGAUGUGUGUGCACGAGUGUUUCUGUCAGCAGACAUGUUGUGUUUGGCUGCUAGGUAAACCUCUGCCUGUCUUCAUCCUAUGUCUUCUUUGUAAUAGCUUUACUUACUUUUAGAAAAGAAAAAUAUGUUCUUUAUAAUCAUUUUAUACACACAACUUGUUUCCAUUUGUCCUCUUUCUCAGCAGAACUGUAGAAAAAUAGUUGUGUUUUGGAAUUUUCUUCUUUUUUCAAAUCACAUCUUGGGCCUUCACUUUUUUAUUCUGUAACUUUGAAACAAAAAAAGGAGGAAGCUUUAAGCUCUGCCCUUAAAGUCAAGAUUUUUGCAGAAUUAGGUACCUCCUCAGGUGAACUGAAGUAGCAUAGUGCAUGCUUCUGAGAAACAUCAUGAGGAGAUAGCAUGUUAAUUACGGCACAUAAUUAUACCUUCAUUUUAAUGCAUGUAGGUGCUUGCUUAUGCUAUCAUUAAUAUAUGUAACAUUUAGGCAUAAGAAGAGGCUCCCUUGCAAUAUUUCUACAAUGUACUUAGCAUUAAACAAUAUCUAUAUAUCCAGUAUUUAUUCAGUACACGGUAUGUUCUAUGGCAUAAAAGAAGAAGUGCAGGGCUCACGCAGAAUAAUGAGGAUACAAAAAACAUUUUCAUAAAAAUCUAGGCUUAGAUCAUUUCCCUGCAGCUGUAGGCGAUCAUAGUUAUUAGACUGAAAAUUUUGAAACUGAUCACCAGGGGGUAAUUGAUGUAGUGAACCCAACCUAUAAAACUUUGCUUUUUGCCUCGGUUACUUUCUUAUCAUGCCAUGUUUGUUGCCGUAUAUAAAAACACUUUUUGCUUUUCUAUAAAGUUUGCAUGUUGCUUUUGCUGUGACCUCUUUUAGUGUAGUGCAAGCACAUCGGGACGAAGCGUGUAAAUUCGUCACGCUUCGUCACACACUGCUAUUUAUUUUUCCUACUUAACUCUUGUUUGAGGAAGUCCAUUCCUGCCUCUUUGAUGAAAAAACAAAUAAACUUGUAUCAAAUUAUACUGAAAUGCCUUGAAUUGGCUCUGUGACAUUAUAAAGAGAUGAGUGAAACAAGUCUGGCUUAAUAUAAAGAAAGAAGUGAUUUUAUAAAUCUAGUAAUCCUACCAGUUUUGGAAGAAUCCCACAAUGUUAAAAAAAAAAAAAAACUGAAUGGUAACCAGUUUGGCAGAGAAAAAAAUAACAAUUAUGUGAUAAAAGUUGUUUUUUUUUUUUAAUCAAAGCGACAGAAAUGGUCUUCCCUACUUGUCUAUCCCUCUGGGAGUAAAAGUUAAAUUCUCUACACCAAUAUGUGACUGCCUCCAAGUGGCCAAAUAAUUAUUAGCUGAUUUUUAUCAGAAAAUAGGUCAUUCCAUUUAGCUGUUGGAGCCACUUGAACCAUUCUGCAUGCUGUAGCAUAGCAUCACUAACAUUAUAUUGCUGAAGCAUUUAAGUAGCAUUUAUGUCAAAUUUGUAGCACUAGUGCCUAUCUGUGUCGUAUAUGACAUCUCUUAGUUGCAAUGCUCAUGUGAAAGAUUUUUUAUUUUUUUGACUUGUACAAAAGCUUUCUGGCAUUUCUUUGUUUAACUGGAGAUGAAAUUACACUUUACGGUAUCAGACGAGCAGGAAGCCACCAGUUGGAAAAACAAGGCAGAUAUGCAAUAGUGUGACAGGGUUUAGGGAUUUUAAAAAUGUUAUACUAAAUGUAAAGUAAAACUGCAAAGCAGUUUAUUGCAACUAUUUGAAAUAAUUUUACAUUCUUACAUUUACACCUAUCAUUGUUGCUUAUUCUACUUAAGAGAUUUAACACGUUUAAACACCUCUGUUUAUGCUUUUCACAGACAGACCAAAAGUUCACACAUGUAACUAGAAUAAAAUUAAAUGUCCAGAAAGACAUUUAAAAAAGCAUCUGCUUUAAGAAAGAAUGCAUUAUAGUACAAGAUUAAGUUAUUUUUUUACCUUUAUUAAAUAACGCAUUUUGUCAUCUUAAAUGUUUAUUCUAUAUUUUAUUAAGGCUCGAAUGCAUUUUAUGUCUCCAUAGAUGUAAAGAAUCUGUACUUUACAGAUGUAAUAAUGUAUAUGCUGGUUUUGUUGCGAUGUAACUUUAAAGCAUUUAAAAACGACUUAAAGCUGCCUGUAGGCCGCGGCUCAUGAACGUCAUUAACCCUUGCUGUUACUUUGUUGCAACAUGUAUAGUGAUAGUUUGCUUUAGCAAAUUUAAUUGAAGCAUCACAUUUGAAUAAAAACUAUAUUUUGAUGAUUGAAACUAGAAAUUAUAUACUUUCUAUACAUGCAUCCAUUUAUUAAACCACUUACUAUAAUGCUUGUUACUGAACUUGUAUAAUCACAAGGAAAGCAUUAGCACCUUUAACAACAAAGUAUGGAAGUAACCUUUUAAAAUAAAACUAUUGUUAUACAUUUUCUGCUUGUCUGUCUUUUUUGGGGUAUCUCAAGAAUCUGUUCUCGGGCUACUUUUAAUCUAACAUCAUUUGAUAUCCGGCUAUCGG